AUGAGUAAAUCUCAUUCAAGAACGCCGUCUGAAUCAACAGUCUUGACAGAAAAAACGACAAAAUCAAGCAAAUCAUGGAAGUUGCCUCGAAUGAGCACGGAUGGCAAAUUGAAAGCAAAAUUGACCAGAAUGACAAGCCGACGCAAAAGAGUUACAACAGAUAAUGUGCCCGCCGUUCCAGCUUUGCCUCAGUCUGUAUAUCUACAAGACAAAUCCACAAAAGGUCACGAUCAAGAAUAUGCAACUGCAUCACAAGACAAAAAUGGCUCAUCUCUCAUUGCUGGAAUGUCAGCAUGUCUGGAAACCGAUAUGAGAAACGAUCUGAUCCUUAAGCCACCCGCCCCUGCUUUUUUGGGUAUCAAUAAGAGACGCAACUCUUCACGAAGUAGCUUGACAUCCAAUUCCGAAAGUGGAAGCGAGUUUAGUUCUGAAAGAUCUUUCUCUGCUUACUCAACUAGCACUGCUUAUUCACCUUUAUAUCUCAAUUCUAGCAUUUCAACACAGAGUGGUACGAAAUCCUCAAUGAAUGCAGAAAGAGAUGCCAAAUCAUCCUUGACCAAUACUAUCAAAACUUUCGGUCGUCGUAUGAAAGGUCGAGAAACGCAAAAAUCAUUUGCUACACCUUCGAUUGCAUCAAUGCCAUUAGCUUCUGCAUCUGCCCCACAACUAUCACGGAAUGAGUAUACAAUCGAACAUGAUCCUUUUAGAAGUGCGCCACUGUAUGUUCCAAAUCUGUUACCAGGUGCUGAUGAAGGUAAUUCGAUGGCAAAAGAUCCUCAGGGGACAUAUUUGAUGGGAAAAGAAGACAAAGCAAGUGCAAUGAUGGAGGAUAUUGACAAGAAAUCCACCUACACAUCACCUCAUCAAGAUUCAAAGGACAAAGAGAACACUCAGUACUUUGGUCCAUACUUCUUCAAAAGCAAAAACGUUUUCUUUCAAAAUAGACCCGUUUUCAAUACAGAACAAAUGCUUCGCUCUAGUGAAUCAGAAGACGAAUACGGCGUAGAAGAGGAAGAAGAAGGAAUAAGCUCAAGUUCUGCUACACAAAGAGUGACAAACAUCUCUCCAAGACAGUCGCCGAUGCUAUCUCCUACAACUCUUCUACCACCAACGCCACCAUUCUCACCCUCGCGAUCCAGCGGCGGGCUCAUAACGUCUGCUAGAAAGGCUUUGUACACAUGUACAGUGCAAAAGUUGCAUCCCCAGUUGCGGAGCAGAAAAGAAUCUCUACCCUCUAUCGCACUCAAAUCACCAAGAUCGAUGAAUCUUUUCAGCGAUGUCCGGAUGCACCCAUCUACUACGAAUCAUCUUCGCAGUUUACCCAUCCUCCUAGCCCGAACACGAAUCACGCGCCGUUUGAGGAGCUUCGAUCUGACAAAGGAAGAAGAGGAUGAAAUACAAAUCUUUGUGGACAAAGGAUACUUGGAUAUCUAUCUUUCUCCCAAAGAAGUCGGGUCUAGAAUCGCGCAAAAGAUGUGCAAUAAUUCGCAGGCUGAAGCUCUGGCGAAGCUCCCUUUGCUAUCUUCUUCCAGCAACAAAGCUGUGAAUGAAAAUGGCAUGACAAGUUGGAUCCAGCGUAAAACUUUCAUUGAACGAAUGAAUGCAUUCUCUUUGGUACAACAUGGUGAUGAAAUCAGACUAAAUGCGUCCGAUAUCGAGGUUAAUUCUUUCCGGCGUCUGCAUUUUUCUCAAAGGUGCAGGAUCAUGGCUUUUGGUGACGGCAUCGACCAAUCCGAACUGAGAUUGAAGAAAACGACAAGCUCGGAUGACCCUAUGAGCAAAGAAGACAAAUCCAAAAGCAACUCAUCAACACGAAGGGACGAAGAAGUGCAAAGCUUACCAGACGAAGACGACGUACCCCUCGCUUUGCUCAAAAAACAAAGAUUCAAAAGUACAUCGUCCCAAAAUGACUUCAACGCCCAUCUCAACUGUCAAUUGAACUUAUCACAGAAGAACACCGGGUUCAAUCUUGAAGCAAAACUCAGGCGACAGCAAAACGAUCGACCUAACAUUACCAAUUUUGCAUCGUACCCCUCGUCACUGAAAGUGGGAAACGGUAGUACAAAGAAGCGAACAUUGCAUGAAUUGAGCAAGAGCGUUAAAGCGGAUCAUUCUGUCACUCGUCCUACUUGUGAUCCUUUGCGCCAAAGGACGAUGACUCGAUCAAGGGAUGAACGUCAAUCUUCUAGCCAUGCAAGAAACGAAAAUGGCGUCGCCUCACGCAGAGUGUCAAUGUCUUUGCCUGCAACACAAACAAUUGCCAUGGUCACACCGCAGCCCAUGCUGAUGGCACAAUGGUCGAAUCCCAUUCACGUUCCAGUUAUUUAUGGGAAUAUAGUGCAACCGAUUCCGAUGAACCAGAUUCUUUACCCUAUGCCGCCCCUAUCGACAGUUCAGAUGGGACUUUCUGUAUCGAAUUCAAACGCACAUUCGGACGUUCAUCGAGAAGCACAGCGAUACGGUGGUCGCACCACUUCGAAACGAUCCCCACUUUCCCAGAAUGUAUUCAGCGCAUAG